AGCCGUAUUUGCGUAUUAUGAGUUUUAUUUGAUGUGCAGAAUGGUAUAAUAGAACAAUACAGAAGCGAAACUCGAUCAGCUGAUUGGAGUUUUGUUUUCCUGUGAUCUGAAGUCAGAACCUCAGAAAAACAUGGAAACGUUUCCGCGCACCAACUUGACAGCUAGACUCAAGGUCUCUCGUUUAUGUAAACGUUUCCCGGAACAUAGGCGGGAUACGCUACGCGGGGUCGACUUGUUUACCAUUCUUUAUUUCACCUGUGACACGCCCCCCUGGAAACCGUGUUCGAGGCCACAAUCACACGGUUCGGCCAAUUCACGGAGUUUCAUACUCCUGGUACUGCGGAUUUUCAAUAUCAAUUCAUAACCUUUACUGAUUUUGCCUAAAUCGGGUUUGCGAUCACACGCUUCUAUUGCCAAUAAUAUUUUCAUCAUUGAACAUUGUUUUUCAUCGCGAGUUGUUAAUAUUGUUAUAGUGAACUCGGGCGGUUCAUCGUUUUACGGGUACUAUUCUUAAAUUCCUCGAGUGAUCAUUUCGAGUUUUCGUUAACUAACGGGUAGAACAAGUACUCGACUGUACGUUUGAAGCGGACGUCAUCGAACACCGAAAAAAUGUACCAACUACCCAGCCUGGCGAAAAUGGCGUACUACGCGUGCAACAACAUUGAACGUAACAAGUUCGACUUGAUGGACACACCGGACAUCGGGAUGCGAAAUUGUUGCGAGUCGCUGUUAGAAUUAUUCAAAGUCGACAAAAACCAAGACGAGCGCAACGAUAGGCAGACAAUGUUCAGUCGGUCUCGGUUCGACAUCAAUGACGAUAUGUUUAAACACAUCUGCGAGAAGGCAGCGUCCAACGGGCACAUCGAUUGUCUGAAACUGGCACAUGAGAUUGGCGUGCCUUGGGAUACUGAGUGUGUAGUAUUGCCCGGUUUAAAAGGCAAGGCGUGUGAUCUGGCGGCGGGAUCGGGCAAUCUGGAAUGUCUAAGGUACGCCUUUGAGAACGGGUGCCCCUGGGACAAGGAUACGUGCAGCGACGCAGCGUCUAACGGUCACCUGGAGUGCCUGAAAUACGCACGGGAAAACGGAUGCCGCUGGGACAAGCGGACAUGCAGCAACGCAGCGUCUAACGGUCACCUGGAGUGCCUGAAAUACGCACGGGAAAACGGAUGCCGCUGGGACGAGCAGACGUGCAGCAACGCAGCGUCUAACGGUCACCUGGAGUGCCUGAAAUACGCACGGGAAAACGGAUGCCGCUGGGACGAGCAGACGUGCAGCAACGCAGCGAUUAACGGUCACCUGGACUGCCUGAAAUACGCACGGGAAAACGGGUGCCGCUGGGACAAGCGGACAUGCAGCAACGCAGCGUCUAAUGGUCACCUGGAGUGCCUGAAAUACGCACGGGAAAACGGAUGCUGCUGGGACGAGCAGACGUGCAGUAACGCAGCGAUUAACGGUCACCUGGACUGCCUGAAAUACGCACGGAAAAACGGGUGCCCCUGGGACGGGGAUACGUGCAGCAGCGCAGCGUCUAACGGUCACCUGGAGUGCCUGAAAUACGCACGGAAAAACGGGUGCCCCUGGGACGGGGAUACGUGCAGCAGCGCAGCGUCUAACGGUCACCUGGAGUGCCUGAAAUACGCACAGAAAAACCGGUGCCCCUGGGACCAGCGUACGUGCAGCAAAGCAGCAUCUAACGGUCAUCUGGAGUGCCUGAAAUACGCACGGAAAAACGGGUGCCCCUGGGACGGGGAUACGUGCAGCAGCGCAGCGUCUAACGGUCACCUGGAGUGCCUGAAAUACGCACGGAAAAACCGGUGCCCCUGGGACCAGCGUACGUGCAGCGAAGCAGCGUCUAACGGUCACCUGGAGUGCCUGAAAUACGCACGGGAAAACAGGUGCCCUUGGGACGAGGAGACGUGCAGCAACGCAGCGACUAACGGUCACCUAGACUGUCUGACUUACGCACGGGAAAACCAGUGCCCCUGGGACAAGCGUACGUCCAUAAACGCCGCAAAAUACGGUCACCUCGAGUGCCUGAAAUACGCAUGGGAAAAUGGUUGUCCUUUGUCCCGGGAAAUGUGCAACAUCGCCGCGUGGAACGGUCAACUGGAGUGCCUGAAAUACGCACGGGAAAAAGGGUGCCCCUGGGACGAGCAGACGUGCAGUUUCGCCGCAUUAUUAGGUCAGCUGGACUGUCUGAAAUACGCACGGGAAAACGGGUGUCCGUGGAACAGCGACACGUGCAACAUGGCAGCGCACCAUGACCAGUAUGAAUGUUUGGUGUACGCCUACGAGGCAGGGUGCCCGUGGAACAUGUUCAGUUACUCGGGUAGUUCAAGAUACAGCUACUCGAAAUGCUCUGAAUACGCCCGCGAAAUAUGGUUACGGAAUGGCAAUUGAACUCAAUUAAUAUCUUUUUAGUUUUUAUAAUGUCUUUUUAUUAUGAAUUCAUGUUACGAGUUUUUAGCGUUCUUUUUAUGUAAAGUAAAUGUUUGAUAAUUAAUAUAUUUUUAAAGUUGUUCAAUAAUUUUUUUUAAAUGUUCUUCUCUGUUGUUAUCAUUGAUCGUUUGAUUCAUGGGUACCUACAUUCUAACCAAAUUAUACUGUAUCGAAUCUUUGA